CCGCUCUAAUUAAUAUAAUAAUAAAACGAUGAUUUGUUUUCACGAGGAAGACUCCCUUUCGCUAUCAGGUGUGACUAAAAUCAAAGAACAUCAAAAAGAGAGUCAAGUAAUGCGCGCCAGCAAACUCAUGGAUGACGGGUAAACAAAAAGGAAGAAUGCAGAGAAAGCGAGAAGAAAAUUUCAAUUAAUUUACGAUGCUGGCAGAAGUGAGAUAAUGAUUGCGAGAGAUCAAUACCUUCAAUGAUCUUUCUACCAACGUGUAACAUGGAAUUUGUCUUUUUCAUAGUUUAAUACCUUUAUACCCGCUACUGCGAAUUUUCAAGAUAAUAUAUCUAUAUAUCGUGCUAGAUACUAAUUAAACGUACGUGUAACGUAUCGCGUAUUAAUGACCGCUAGAUAGAACGACAGGAAACUAACGAUAUAAAUCUACAGCUAAUCCUAUAGGGAUUUGCUGAAAAGCUUGGUCAACCGCCUACCAAUCUAGUAAUAUUAAAAACCACACAGCCCUUAUUUGUAGGAUUCUUUAGAAUUUUCCUAUUCUAUAUGAAUAUAUAUACAUAUACACUAGAUAGAUAUAUCUAUAUGUAAAAAAAGAAAACGUCAUAGAAUAGCGAGGGUGCUUCAAGGUCCUAGUCUCAAAUUUCAUCAUCAGACUGCCUCAUUUUCACCGACCCCUGGAAAUUGGUCAGGGUCGUACGGUUUUGACGAUUCCGAAUAAUUUCCAUUAAUCAACCAACGUAAAGAUAUAUCCUUUCUUCUGUAUUUUCUUAACUGCAUCCUCCCUUCUCAAUUCGAGUUGCUUCCCUGACUUCCUUUUAUCUGUUAAAAGAAAAUUGCUCCAUCACCUAUCGUCAAUCAUAUCGUGUCUUUCGCCCACGCUGGACCAGUUGCCAUUUCCAUCUUCUUUCCCGGCUGUAGACUGGAAAUUUGUAAAUGUGACGUCACAUCCUUCGGAUAAGACUAAGAGCAACGAUCGUGUCUAAUCGACAGAAAAAUCAUAUCAAGGCAAUUAGACCAUUCAAAAGUUAUAAGAAUCCAUCGGAGUGCGUAGCAAGUCAUAUCUAAUCGUGAAGAGGUCGUGCGUGCGCGCGCACUCUGGUACCCCUUCGUCGUUUCACCCUCAUCGCUAGUGACUAUAUAUUUCGGGGAAACACGCGACCCCGACACUGCACUCUCCACGCGUUUGCACGCUGUGACCAACCACCAACAACCCCAUUGAGUAGUCAGUGUCAAAUUCCACGACAUCCCUGCGCCAGCCCGUUUUCUCUUGAAAGGGAAGAACAACCUUCCUCAGGAUCAACUAUCAUGUGCACCAUGUCACGUUUUGGAAUCGUCACUCCAAUCAGCGCAAUCUUUCUGAUUGCAGUAGCCGGCUGCAUUUAUGCUGCACCGACACAGUAUCAAAACGAAAUCAUGGAGGCCGACCCGAGGGUUUAUUCUCAGCCUGAACUUGCUGAAGCACUGGCCAGGCAUUAUGAGGCUCUCGCAGUGUCAGCAGGUGGAACCGGACCACGUAACCUGGAUGGUAUCGGCGGUGGUCAUCUUCUUCGUCAGACACGACGCGGCUUGGAUUCCCUAUCAGGUGCAACCUUCGGCGAGAACAAGAGGUUCGACUCCCUGAGUGGCGCCACCUUCGGCACGCAAAAACGCAACUUCGACGAGAUCGACCGGAGCGCAUUCAACGGCUUUGUCAAGAAGAACUUUGACGAAAUCGAUCGUAGCAGUUUUGACAGUUUUGUCAAACGAAACUUCGACGAGAUCGACCGCGUUGGUUGGGGCGGUUUUGUCAAACGACGACUCCUCGACGCCUACCUGCGUAACAACAAAAACAACAACAUCAACAGCGUUAAUGAACAACACUAGAAAUAGGAUUAACAUAGGCUAUCGAUCUCAGCACAUCUUACAACCUGUCAGAUUUCUUGCGUUCCUCGUCCUGGCGUUUGUUGCUGUUGAGAACAAUUGGAUACCAAUGUAUUAGCACAAUCAGUACACUGCAGUAGAUACUAAAAUACUAUACCAUAGUCGUACACGCUAAGACGAGGUAGUUAAUAAUUUAUUAUUAAUAACUAUAUAAUUAAUUUUCAAAAUUAUUUAUGUAUUUCUUUACCUUUUUUUGUUUUCUUUGUAAAAUCCAUCUUCUCCCUUGACUCCUUCGGAGACCGCUCCAGUAUUCUAGGUGUUAAUGUGUCUUAUGAAUUAUUCGAAAGCACUAAUUAUGUCAGAGUCAAUGAUAUGAAUGUACCUUCGUCCCGUUAAUGAGAAUUAAUCGGUUGACUCUUUGUUUCCUUGAUGAAAAUAUGAAGCCAUCCUCUGUGCGUAUGGCUGGAUAGAUAGAUGAAAGAUGAAUCAUUUGCCUUGAGCGAUGAUCUCUUCCCGUUUAUUGCGUUGACAACGAUUGUAAUGAUUAUGAUAGAAUAAAAGGCAGUAUUAGUUAA